GAUCGAAAUGGAGAAUACAAGCGAAUACGGUGGCCCUAAGAAAUCCAAGAACUUCAGUCGGAAGUCAACAAUGCUAAAGCGAAAGAAGACCUUGAAACCUUCAGACUCCAAGUCUAGUCAUAGCCAUCAUGGUCGUAGGGAUAGCUCGGGAGAAUUGAAAUAUACUUGCAAAAAUAUUGUUCCUUUACCAAUGUUCCCAAAGAAGCUCCUGCAUGAAAGAGAAGAGAUUCAUAAAUAAAUUGCCGGUGAACAUAAAAAAUGCCAAGAUGUAUGACCUAGGACAAUUGUUUGAACAGACGCCUGUAUUUGAAGGCCCACUUAUCGAUUUCGAUGCCAAGGAACCUCUUGAGGAAUCCAAGUGGAAUAAGGUGUCACAACUUAUUCUAAAUAGCUCCUGUGGGAAUUCUCUCAAACUUAUCCAGACUUACAAGACUAGUAUAGAGACUCGUGACGAGAAAGCGUACAUUCCUUUCCAGUACGAGCAAGUUAAAGCUGAGAAGAAAUAAUUGAUUCAAACUUAAUGAUACAGUUGAGAAAAUCGAAAUAAAAUAAAAAGAAGAUCAAGCGGAAAUAAAGUAGUACAGCAAGAUAAUAUUUAUACUCGAUAUCGUGACAGGAUUGAAAAUAAGGACAAGAACUCAUUAGAAAGCCCUCAACAAGAGCUGGUUGAUGUGCCUCUCAAAGCUUUUACACAACAGAACACAGAUAUUAAGCCUAAUCGAGAAAUAUCGAAUACUUCAAUGAAAUUGGAUAGAAGUAAGACCAUCAUGUCUGGGAAGAAUGUUAAUUUUUCAUUGGAAUCUACUAUGAGCAAGAUUAGCAAAAAUUCCAUAUCUAAAGCCCUAAAAAGCUCGAAGAUGCUGGAACCUAUUAUGACAAAAAUGAGGCUAUUGAAAGCAUCCAGGAACAUGGACACUAAGUUACACAAUAAUAUUGGCACUAGAGAAUUGGUCCAAGAAAGCUACUUCAACGAUAUUUUGUUAGAAAAGUCAAACAAAAGUUUUAUAAAGAUUAAGAAUUUUAACAGCAAUUCCGACAAGUACCUCUUUGAGGCUUCAAAUGUAUCAGAUAAGUCUACUCGAAGUAAGAAGACUCCUAAGAGAUAUUUGGAUAACAAAAAGAUUGCAAAGCUUAGUACCAAGAAAUUUAAGAAAUUAAAAGGAGCCAAAGUUGCCAAAUUAGCUGAGAAAUUGAGAGCUUCCAGCCAAAUUUCCAAGAAUAUUCAUUCCACUCAGCUAACGAUUAAGAAUAGGGACCAGGAUUGAUAUUCAGGUCUUUCAGGAAAGCUAUCAAGGCUAUCUCCUUGAAAAUUUACAUACGUAAGUACGAGGAAGAGGUCAAUCUCAAAUAAUGCAAAUCUAUCGAGAACUCGGCUCGCUCCUAUUACUAGGGGUGAAAGUCCUUACAAGGACUAAACAUGGUAUGAAGUUUUAGAAAAUUUUGGUCUCUAGACCCUAAAAAUUUAUUUUUAUGCUAUAAAAAUUUAU